AUGAUAAUGAAAUAUAUUUUUUUACUUAUCCUGUUAAUUUCGACAGUUUGUAAAUCCUUUGUGGUGAACAACAAUAAUGGUCUCGUAAUUCGCUCUGCAAUACCAAUCGAUAAUAAAACAUAUGAAAAUUGGAAUGGUGAAAUUCAUUUUUCUCCAAAUGCCAUUUUUUUACCGUCGACGCUUCAAGACCUUAUAGAUAUUGUAAAAUUAGCAAAGUCAAAUAAUAAAACUAUUCGAUGUGCUGCUCAAGGACAUACCUUAAGUACUCUGUCUGUUACAAAAAAUUAUCUUGUAGUAGUUACAAAUUUAACUAAAGUUACGAUACAAAAUGAUCCAAAAUACGGAUGGACUGCUACUGCUGAAGCUGGCAUAUCGUUAGCUGAUUUUGAGACUGCACUCAGAAAUCAUGAUCCACCAUUAACAAUUGAUUCAGCUACGGUCUAUAACACACUUCGAGUAUCUGGUGUUAUAGCAACAGGGUCACAUGGUCCAAUAACUAAUUCGAGUAUCAUGCCAGAUCAACUUUGCUCGAUGAAAAUCGUCACUGUUUCCGGCGAAGUACUUGAAUUUAGUAAAGAAAUAAGCGAAACAGAUUUUAAUGCUGCGAAACUUAAUUUAGGUUUGCUUGGUAUAAUAUAUUCGGUGACCUUCCGUGUACAACCGAUGUACAAUCUUCGUAUGAAUGACACGUUUUAUUCAAUAAACGAAUGGCUUAAUCCAAAGAAUCUCAAAAACCUUUUAGAUUCAUCUGAUGGUGUCGAAUUUUAUUAUUGGCCAUUCAAUGGAUUCAAUCAAAAUGAUCCGAAACCUCUUGACCCUAAUAGAGAUCAAAUUUGGGUUAAGACUUUUGUACGAACUGAUGAACCUGUGAGUUUCACACAACAACAGCUCGAACAAUCUCUGCCAAAUAAAACACAAGCUGCUAUUCAACAGUAUGAGUUCAGAAAAACUCUCAUACAAAAUCCUGAGAAAACUCCGAAUGUUAGUGCCACGUUAUGGAAUGGUUUUACUAGUUCUGGUAAUACUAGUUUUGUAUAUCAGGUGCCUGACGCACUGCAUUAUACAGUUAGCGAAGAACACGUCAAGCUUGAAGACAUAAUGGAAAUUGCAUUCAAAGCUGAUCCGGAUCUUUCCAAUGUCGUGGCUGAAUAUUUUUUCAUAAUGAAAACACUCUAUGACUUUGCUGUAAAAGGAAAAUUUCCAUUAAAUAUAUUUGCAGAUUUUAGAAUCAUAAAAUCAACUAAAACUUUGUUAUCUAAUACAUUCGAUAAAGAUCCAGAGGCAUUGUACUGUCACAUAGAUUUCGUAACAGUUCUUGAUACACCUAGCUGGAAAGAAUUUGCGCAAUUAAUAGCGCAGCGAGCAUUUGACCAGUACAAAGCAAAACCUCAUUGGGCGAAGGAAUGGGAGUUUAUUCCGAACGUGGAUUCUUAUCUUGCUAAUGCCUUAUCGGAUGAAAUUAAACAAUUUGAGAAAGUACGUACAAAAUACGACCCUGAUAAAAUUUUCUUUGAUAAUAAGUCUUUGCAGGAUAUAUUUGGUAUAGCUUUAGGUUCACAAAGUG